AUGCUCCCCAUGUUCGACGUCGACGUGUCGAAGGUUUUCACCGACGAUAUAGAGAGCGAAGAUGCCAAUAUAGGAAAUGAAUUUUCAAAGAUAGGCAGUGGACUACCUGAAGAAGCGGACGCCAGCUCGAGCGUUAUUGAUGAUAGCAGCUGUUUGGCUGAUGAGUGGCCUCGUCUGUAUACCACCGCUACUGGGAUGGAGAGUCACAAGGCCGCCAGAACAAUUCCCACAAUGCAAGAUUAG